AUGAAGAGCACCACACCUAUGUAUAAGUUGUGUGUGGUAUUGCAGUCCAACCUCAUUUACUUCAGAGAUGCUAAGCUGCAAUACCAUAGAGUUAACCAAGCAUAUAAAAUGUUGGUACAACUGACAAGACCAAGAAAGAUUCUAUAUCUGCCCCAUCAUUUCAGUGAGAACCUAGAAGAUUUGUUAAACCAUUUGCCAGAAGAUGGUCAAAUAGUUGCUUGUGUUUCUAGUUUGGAACAGCAUCAUCUAUGGAAAGAGUCUUCUUUGGAGAAAAAGAUACAUACUAAAGUAGGAUCAAUAGAGGACAUCUUGAAGAAGUUGGCCGCUUCGGGCGAGCAAUAUGACAUGGUGUUUAUCGACGCUACAGAGGAGAAUCCUAUAAACUAUUACAACCUGAUUAUGAACAGCAAUAUGCUAAAAAUGGAUGGUGUGAUUUGCGUACAAAAUGUUUCUGCAAAUGAGACGGGAAGCCAGGAGCACAUCAAUGAUGAGAUUGGAUUAAGGUCUGAGGAAAUGACAGAUGUAAUUAAUGUGGACACCAGAGUGGAGCAGGUAGCACUACCAGUAAAGGGCGUUAUUGUCACAAAACGAUUACCUGUUUCUCAUAUUAAUGACACAAUGAAAGGGGUUGCAGAUGAUGAUGUUUUUCGAGGAUUUAAAGGCCGAAGUAUACUGGAUCGUCUACGUUUGGAUGGGAAGGUCGCCUAUGUUACUGGAGGGGGCCAGGGCAUUGGACGGGCCUUUGCUCACGCUUUGGGAGAAGCUGGUGCUAAAGUGGCUGUUAUAGACAUGGUACUGGAAAAAGCCGAGGCUGUGGCCAAUGAAUUGGGCCUAAAAGGCAUCCAUUCAGUUGCCAUGACAGCCGAUAUUAGCAAAGAAGAAGACGUGAAAAGAGUUGUGGACACAAUUGUGGCUAAUUGGAAAAAAAUUGACAUCGCAUGUAAUAAUGCAGGAAUUAAUAUGAAUUCGGCCAGUGAAGAUACUACACUGGAGGAAUGGGAUAAAACGUUCAGCGUGAACUUACGUGGCCUGUUCAUGUGCUGCCAGGCUGCGGGCCGCAUAAUGCUGAGUCAAGGAUAUGGGAAGAUAAUUAAUACCGCCUCCAUGGCAAGUUUAAUAGUUCCACACCCUCAGAAGCAGUUGGCAUACAACACCUCAAAAGCUGGCGUGGUGAAAUUAACUCAAACUUUGGGAACUGAAUGGAUUGACAGAGGAGUAAGAGUCAACUGCAUAUCCCCGGGCAUCGUAGACACGCCACUCAUCCAUUCAGAAGCCUUAAAGCCACUAGUAACACGUUGGUUGGCCGAUAUACCUGCUGGCCGGCUGGCACAAGUGACGGAUCUGCAGGCUGCUGUGGUGUACUUGGCAUCAGAAGCUUCAGACUACAUGACUGGCCACAAUUUAGUUAUUGAAGGGGGUCAGAGCCUGUGGUAACAAAACCUCCUACUUAACCUCCCCUUUGUAAGCCUGCAGACAUGGGAAUCUUAGUAAUACUCUCCAUUGUAUAACUGAGCUUAGUAGUCCUUCCUGUACAUUAUCAUGCAUCAUUUACUGUAUAUGCGGGCGCAAAGAUAAAAUAUUUUUUCCUUUUAUUGAAUACAUUUUUCAUAUUGGAAUUGUAUGUAUAUUAACAUUUUGACUAGGCUUUGUUCACACUAUGGCCCAGAUUAACCAAUUUGCCUAAGGACAGAAACUGUCUAGAUUUGAUCGUAGCAACCAUUGGUAAGUCUAGGCCUUUGUAUUUUUUAAACAGAUUACAUUGUAAACCAAAGGCCAAAAUGCAUUUAAAAUUCCCUUCCCAUUGUCUUCAAUGCAAAUAUGGUGGACAUUGUUUCCACCACACAUUUCAAAAAGGUACAUUAAAGAAGUGAUAAGUUACUUAUUAACACAGAAACCACAACAGGUACACAAAAUGGGACAAAUCCAUAGCAGAAAUCAGAGUAACUGCAAUGGAUUCCCUUUCCUUGGUAAACAUUUAGGCUAGGUUCACAAUAGCCUAAAACCUGGCUCAAUCGUGUUUUUAAUGGCCUGAAAUUACAGCUGUCAGUUUGGGUAAUCAGACCCGUAUCAGGCUGGGUCUUGCGGUCUUAAAGGUGCACUCCAGUACUUUAAAACGUAUCCCCUAUCCGCAGACUAGGUACAUAUUGGGGUUUUAAUAUCUGUGUAAAAGGGAAACUCCAUCUACAGGAUAGGGGAUAAGUGUCUGAUCACAGGAGUUCUGGUUGUUGAGACCCCCAUGAUCUUCAGAACAGGGCCUGGAUCUCCAAGUGCAUGAAAUGGAGAAUUUGGCACACGCUCUGUGCACUAUGGAUGCUACCAAAAUACACAAGCACUGUACUCCGGUAUCUCUGGCUCUCCCAAAGAGAAUUGAUGGAGCAUGUGCCAAACCCACCUCUUCUUCCACAGGGAGAGUCUGGCCCCUGUUCUCUAGACUGCAAGAAGUCUUAGCGGUCAGACAUCCCUCAAUCAGACACUUAUCCCCGAUCCUGUAGUUAGGGGGAUAAAAACUUGUACUAGUAUGCUAGCUUAGGGUUUAAGUUAGGCUCUGUUCACUUAUUUUUUGUUGCUUCUGAUAGAAGCCAUGGUUGUGUUGCGGCAACUUAUGACAGAUCCCAUUUGCCAGUACUGGAGUUUGUCAGUUCUUUUGUGGUUUUUGACAGUUUGGAGGCAAAACUAUUGCUGAAUGCUGCACAAGUUUGUGGUUAACUUUGCCAAAAUUGCCAAUAAAGCCACUCGCUAUGUAGAGUAACAGGUUUUGUAACCUUCAGGGUACUUUGUAAUAAAAUGUCUUUAUACUUUAUACUAUUAAUAAAGA